GAAUAUGCGAAUCCAAGUGUCGCUUAUUACAAAGUCACAUGCACGAUCAUUACUUGUGGUGUGGCGAAUGGAGCCAAAGUGUGCACACAAUCAUUAUAGGGAAAGUUGUGACUCCACCCAAAAGUGUGGUGGUUUUUCACAAACAUUUUCAAAAAGGACACCCAUUACGUGUGUUCCCAGGUCGUACACUCCCAAUUUCCAAAGAUGACCGGCACGGAUUAAUAUAUCCAAAACGGUCAAAGUCAGAGAGCACAAGUUUGAUCUAACGACCCAAAAUCAUUUUUAUUUUUUCCUAUAAAUUAUGAAUCUUUGGCCUACCUUCCUACAAGAAAUCAACCCUCGACCACCACCUGAGACUCAGAUUGGUUUUCUUUCUUUUGCCAAUGGCUCCAACACAUCAUGCUCAUAUUCAUCGUCCUUUGCUUCUUCUUCAUCUUCUUCUUCUUGUCCCUGUUAUGGUCUCCCAUAUUCCUUCUGCAAUGUCUCAAGCUUUUAACAACGUAACUGUGGGUUCUUAUCUCGUUGCCGCCAACGCCAGCCUCCCUUGGGCCGCUUCACCAUCUGGAGAUUUUGCAUUCGGAUUCCGAAGCCUUCCAGGUCGAGAAGACCAGUUCCUUCUCGCAAUCUGGUUCGCUAAGAUACCAGACAAAACCAUAGUUUGGUCUGCAAACAGAGAUCACCCAGCAGACCCAGAUUCAAUCGUGAAGCUAACCACCGCCGGACAGCUUGUGCUCACAAAAUCAGAUGGGUUGUACUUGUGGGGUUCUGACAACAGAGCAAAUGCGCCGGUAUUGCACGGGGCCAUGCUCGACACUGGAAACUUGGUGAUAAUGAGCACAAACUCAAGCAUCAUAUGGGAGAGCUUCAAGAAUCCGACCAACACCAUUUUACCAGCCCAAGUAUUCGGUGUUGGGAACAGCCUUUUGUCUAGUCGAUCCGAAAGCAAUUACCAGCGGGGUAAAUUUCAGCUCCGUUUAACUGAUAAAUAUCAUCUGAUGCUUAAUCAAAUCGAUGUAUAUACCAAAAACCCUUACGGCGCUUACUAUAGAGAUCGGAACGUUUCAGAGCUGAUAUUGGACAAGUCAGGCUAUCUACAAAUCAGGAGCUCGCCAAGUGGAAAUAUAUCAAACCUUACAUCAGAGAGCGCGGUCAAUGGGGAAGAUUCAUACUACAGGGUAACACUCGAUUUUGAUGGAGUUCUCCGACUCUAUGCUCACCCAAAGAAAUUCAAUAAUAGCAACCAAAGCUGGUCCACUGUCUGGUUUGUUCCUGACAACAUCUGCCUCAGCAUUUUUGACGCUUUAGGAAGUGGCUCUUGUGGGUAUAACAGUAUCUGUGCACUGGCUCCAUAUGGUAAGAUAAAUUGCCAAUGCCCCCAUGGGUUUUCUCUCAAGGAUGUAAACGACAAGUAUGGUGGCUGCAAACCAGACAAUAUAAGCUAUAUGCAGGAAUGUGACCAGAAGGGAUCUGUGAUUGCAGAAGAAUACUACGAAUUAUUGGACAUGGAGUUCGUGGAUUGGCCUUUAGCUGACUACGACCUGCUGCAACCUACAACAGAAUAUGAAUGCAGGACAUCUUGCCUGCGUGAUUGUUUUUGUGCAGUCGCCAUUUUCCAGGACCCAAAGCACAAUGAUGGUGUAGGAAGUUGUUGGAAGAAGAAAUUACCGCUUUCUAACGGCAGAUUGAACAGGAGUACCAUUGACAGAAAAGCUCUUUUCAAGACAUUGAAAUCAGAAUAUAAUAGCUCUUCCCAGAAUCCAAAUCAUCCGAAUUCCGGUGGAGGAAAGCAGAACAAAGAAAUAUUGACCCUCGCUGUACUCCUAGGCGCAUCUGUAUUUUUUAACUUGUUUUCUUUUGCUUCAAUUUUUCUAGUUCUCUGUUGCUUGUGGCAACGAAAACUACCAAACUUCUACAGUGUCUCAAACACAAAAGACCCAGAGAUGAAUUUACGUUCUUUUACAUACAAAGAUCUUGAAGAAGCCACUGAUGGGUUCAAAGAAGAAUUGGGCAGGGGUUCUUUUGGCAAUGUUUACAAAGGGGUAUUAGUAUCGAGUUACAGCAAAAAAGUUGCAGUCAAGAAAUUAGACAAAGUUUUGAAGGAUGGAGAGAAGGAGUUCAAAACUGAGGUGACUGUGAUCGGCCAAACUCACCAUAAGAAUCUGGUCCGGUUGCUUGGCUACUGUGACGAAGGUGAACACAGACUUUUGGUGUACGAGCUUAUGUACAAUGGCUCGUUGUCGAGUUUUCUCUUUGGGGUGUUAAGAUCAAGUUGGCAACGAAGAACGCAGAUUGCAUCAGGAAUUGCUAGAGGUCUUGUGUACUUGCAUGAAGAAUGCAGCACUCAAAUUAUUCACUGCGACAUAAAGCCUCAAAACAUACUCUUGGACGAUUCUUUUACGCCCAAAAUUUCAGACUUCGGAUUGGCAAAGCUAUUGAUGAACGACCAGACUCGGACUGUCACUGGAAUCAGGGGGACUAAAGGGUAUGUUGCACCAGAGUGGUUCAGGAACACACCUGUCACUGUAAAGGUGGAUGUGUAUAGCUUUGGAGUCAUGGUGUUGGAGAUCAUUUGCUGCAGAAGAUGUGUGGAAAUUGAGAUGGAGAAGGCGGCAAUACUAAUCGAAUGGGCUUACGAAUGCUAUAGCAAAGGGAAGUUGGAGAAAUUGGUGGAAAAUGAUGAAGAGGCUUUGAGUGAUCUGAAGCAGGUGCAGAAGUUAGUGAAAGUGGCAAUUUGGUGUGUUCAGGAUCUGCCAUCAAUGAGGCCAUCCAUGAGAGAAGUCACUCAUAUGCUAGAAGGCAUUCUUGAGGUUUCUGCACCUCCAUGUCCUUUCCUCUAUAGCUCAAUGUCCGGAUCCGAUCGUUAGUCAUCCUAGGCAGGCAGGAUUUUCAAUUAAUACUGAUAUAAUAUCUAUCAAGUAUUAUUGUUUGUAAUCUUUGAAUUAUUUAGCUUCUACCUCUCAGAUUGCAUAACUGUUCUGUCAAAUAAUAAGCAGUAAGGGUUGAAUCACUUACAGAGUUGUGGUUAUUUCAUGGAGAUUAGAAAGACCAUGUUUAAUAAUUGUGUUCUGAUAUAGAUUUGAAUUUACGAUCGCUGUAUCGAUAUUUCCUAGUUGGUUAUGCUGAUUUUCUUUAUUAUCUGUCCAUAUUGUUCAUUGUUUCGAAAGGAAUCCGAUCGCAUUUUAGUUUUACUGUUUGAAGGCAUUUUGUGUUGGGAGAAAUGUUAACAGCUACUUGGAAUGUAACGCCCGGUACCCGGAUGUUGUCCCCGUUAACCACAAUGGCGACCUUAACAAAAGGAAUAAUUUGAAAUUUAGAGAGGGAGAGCCCGUAACUGAGAAACAAUGAAGGACAAGGCUGUGAGUUUACCAGUGUAUCACAAAUCUGAUAAAAAAAUGCCCAACAAUCGCAGCACCAACUACAAACUAAAAUCGCAGGAGAGAUCCACAAGACCCACAAACCACGGACUGCACUUUCAAAACUAUAUACGCAGAAGAAAUUUCGUGUGAGAGGGAGAGAGAUGUGAAUCUUAGAGAGAGAGAGAGAGAGAGAGAAAAGAGAAAGCUUACCGACGAGGGGGACUCUCGGUAACAACAAGUCUUGAGUUUAAUUUUCACCCAAAAUCGCCGCAUCAAAUUCGCAGGAGAUCAUGAUAGAGGAGAUGAGAGGGGGCGACUGUUGAGAGGAAACUGGUUUGAGAGGAACAGAAGAAGAAAGAAACCGUAGAGAAUGCGGGGAGAUAAAAUACAGGGUGAGUGAAAAUCAACAAAUAUUAUCUCUAGAUAAUACUAUACAAUCAACAAUAAUCUCAACAAAAUACUUUCUUGAGGACCAAACAGUACAAUAAAAGAGACUUCACCAAAGAGAUGGAUUAUUUGUAAGAUCUCGAACACAAUAAAUAUUGCUCCAAAUCCGAUCUCCACCUUUCAGAUUAUAGAGUCUUAAGUUGUGAAUGUGCCUACAAAAUUUUAACUCAAUCCGACCACAGACGACUCCGAUCAAAGCAUCUAAUUAAAACUGGACGAAUUGCCAUAUUUUAGCUGUCUCUUCCUCCCCCAAUCUCUCACACGUUUUUCUCUCUCUC